GACUUGAUCGCACACGUGACGCCCGCUGAGGCUACAGUAGUCGGGCGGUGUUUCGACUCGACAGAUGAAAUUGGUGAAAGCGCAGCGACAGGUCCAUCAUACUCUGAUAAACUCUCCUGCACUAAUACAUCGCACCAACAAUGGCAGAGGAAGCAGUCAUCCCGAGUUAUUCCCAGGUGACAGAUGAGAAGAUCCAAGCUGCUCUUACUGCUGAUAAGGGCCCUGGUGCCAAGCUGGUGUCCUGGCAGGUCAAAGACUUCACCAAGAAGGGUGACAACUAUGCCUGCAUAGUGACAAGCGUUAUUGUCCAGUACACACUGGAGGGCGCCCAACAUGAAACUACAUAUGUUGCUAAAAUCGGCCGUGAUUUUGGAACAUCACCUUUUAAAGCAUUUAUGAAUGAUAUCUUUAUUAGAGAAGGAAAGUGUCUUGGUGAAAUACUUCCCAAAAUAAAUGAAAUAAUGAGAAAAAUAGGACAUCGUGAAAUUUCAGUUGCCAAGUGUUUUCACUGCUGCUUCGAUGAGGGCAAAGAAAUAUUGCUUAUGGAGGACCUACGUGCCAGGAGCUUCAGGAUGUUUGACAGACAACGAGGCAUGGAUGCUGUCCAUGCCACUCUGGUGUUGCAGGAGUUAGGGAGGCUGCAUGCUGCCUCCAUACUCCUGGAUAAAACACUUCCAAGUCACGACUUCACCAAGACCUGGACCUGUUUCACUGAUGAAUGGAUGGAAAACGAAGAUUUUAAUAAAAUGUUCAAGACCAUGAUUGGCAAUCAAAUAGAAGGGGCAGCGAUGAUAAUGAAAAAGGUCCCAAACUAUGAACGUGUGGUAAGUUGGAUCGAAGGCAUCAAGGAGACUGCAAUAGAUAUUAUGAUACAGAGUUUCCGCAGUGAAGAUGGUGAAGGAGUACUUCUUCAUGGUGACUGCUGGAACAAUAAUGUGCUCUUCAGGUACGAUGAAGCUGGGGUUCCUGUAGAAGUAAUGUUGGUGGAUCUACAAGCUAUGCGCAAAGCCUCACCUGCUGUGGAUCUCAACUAUUUCUUAUACUCAAGUUUUAAUGGACCUGACCGUAUUCAGAACAAAGAGGUGUUCUUGAAGGCAUAUUAUGACUCGUUCACCAGUGUUCUGAAGACUGAGGAUGUUUCUGUGCCCUUCACUCCUGAAGAGCUUCAACAAAAACUCCAGGACCACAUGAUAUAUGGAGCUCUGGUUUCGAUGUUUCUUGUGCCCAUUGUAUUAAGUGAAGCCGAAGACGUGCCAGACUUUGCAGAUAUGGAUGAUAUAGAGAAAUUCUCUUCAGAACGGAAGAAGGUUUUGUUAAAAAUGUGCGAAAAAAGUGAUGGUCUACUUAAACCAAGGUUUCUUGACAUGUUUGAUGAAAUGAUAGAAGCAGGAAUUAUAUCAUAGUUUGUGAACAAGUACAGUAUAGUACAAUACAGUAUAUACUGAAAACUGAUUAUCUAACUGUAAUAGUCACAGCCAUACUGAAUAAUCCUUCUCUUUCAGGCCUAUUAAUCAAACUCACGUUCUGAAAUAAUAGCUGUGGUUAACAGACCAGAAUCAUGUAGACAAUCCUUUGCUGCCUCCAGCUGGCAAUUGAAGAUAAAAUUUCAUUCAACUACAGUACACUGUGAGCAUGCAUCCAAGGAAACUAUUCCUUAUCUCAUGUAAUCAGGGUUUAAAGUAACACCAGCUUAUUACAAAUAAUACUUAUUGUAUUUGCAGUAAACAAGAGUACAGGAAAUAAUACUGCAUGGUUCUGUGACCCAACUAAUUUAAUAGCAUAUCUGCCUUAAUUUCAUAAUAUGGGUCUCCCUCCAUUCACAAAAGUAUCACCAAACAUUCACCCUUAAUACUGGUAAGCAAACUGAUACCAAAACAUAGGAGACACAAUGGAUGAAAUACGAUUAUAGCCACGUUACUGAUUUCACGUCCACACACCACACCCAUUGUCUCCCGAGAAAGAGCUCUAGAAUGUCAACAUCAAUACAUCUUUCACAAUUAGACUAUUAACUCAAAACUUGUUAAUAUACAGUAAGUACAUAAUAUUAUAUGAUUACAGAAUAUUAGGAAUUACAUAGAACCAAUAUAAUUCACAUCCAGUGCUAAAGAAACAACUAAUUAUUGCAAAGUGCAUACAUCAUUCGUUCAAACUUGAGUCAUAGAAAACUGUCCUGGCAGCUGUGACUGAUAUAAAAUGAAUAUACAGCACACAUCUUAAUUACAGUAUAUGUCAUCUUCCUGCGAACAACUUCGUGGCUUUUAGGAAGAAGUUAGUGCCAGGUAUGAUGAUUUACUCUUGCACAACAAUGUGAGAUGGCUUAAUAAGGGAAAGAUUUUGGAAUGAUUUUGGGCCAUUAGGAAAGAGAAACAAAAUUUCAUCUAAGACCGAGCGAGUGCCAAGGCAAACCAGUUAUCAGAGUGUUUGCAAGAUGAAAAGAAAAUGGAAAUUGUAGCAUUUUUUGGCAGAUAUUACAUCUCAUCUCUAUGCUCUCAGUGUCAAGCUGCAAGGAGGAAACGACAUAGUGUGUGAUUUGAUAUAAACUGUUCGAGCUUUCCAGAAGAAACUGGAACUUUUCAAGCACGAUCUCCAGGGAGAACUUCUCCACUUCCCCAAACUUUUGGAGCACACCAAAAGAAGGAAAUAUAACCAUAUGCAUGUUCAGUUCAUCGAGAAGCUUAGUGAUUAUUUCAAGACUCAUUUUAAUGAUAUCUCUCUUAGAAGACAGCUACUGCUGUUCUCUCAGAACCCCUUCUUGGUCAUAAACGUCUCCCGAGUUUUCGGAAGAAGCAAAACAGACUUUUAAAUGUGUAUGUGCACUGUGCAGCAUCAAUCCAAAUGGAGCUAAUUGAUCUUCAAGAAAAUGUGGCCUUGAAAGAAGAGGCUGAUAACUGUGAUUCCGUCACAUUCUGGACACAGAUGGUGUUUCCAGCUAGUUCCUCAUAUUCACAAAGUCUCAAUACAUAUCCUCACAAUGUUUGGCUAGUUCAUCAUUCCACCUUCUUCAGCAAGAGUAGAAUGUAUGAUAACUUUUGACCACAAAAAUACAUACAUUACCUUCAGUGUUUUAUUGUGUUACAGAUAAUUAUUUUCUUUCUUUUAUUCACCCCCCACCAGGGUGCCUCUUGAGUAAGAUGGAUGGAUGGUUACUUUUAUGGCUUCUUUUGAUGAAUGGACUCUUCUUCAUUUCUUUAAUUCAUUUGCACUGUCAACAGAUUUUGAGAUUAUAAAUGCAUGUAGAUGGAAAUAAACUGAAAUGUAUACUCUU